CUCCUUUUGUUCGCACUUCCCCCUUCGCGAUUCUUCUCUCUUCCCAUUUCCCGAACGAUGACGAGGACCCCAAAACCCUCUCAAUUUCUUUCCUUCGAUCCGUUUGACUCCGGGGAAAUUGACGGAUCCGGUGGAGAAUUCUUGUAAUCUAGGGUUCCGCCGCCCCAAACCCUAACGACUCCCCCCCGAUCGCAGCGGUGAUCGAUCCCCCCAUGGAGGAAUUCAAUAGGCCCUCGGAUGGCUUCGCCAUCUGAGAGGGCUUUCAUGGCGUCGGGGCCUCUGGUAGGCGGCGGCGCCGGUGGCGACGGUUCCCGCGAGAAGCACCGGUGGGCGGAGAGCAGCAAGGUGUACACUCGCAAGUCCUCUAACAAGACCCCCAAGCCCUCCUCUAAUCCCCAGCCCCCUGCACCUUCCGCGGCCGAAAACAACGACCUCGACUCCGCCCGCCGCCAGCACUCCCAGCCGGCGCCGGCGCCCCCGGCUGCCUCGGACGAUGCCUCCUCCAGCUUGAAUCGUCCCCCGGCCGACCCUGCUAUCGCUGCCAAUGGUCAUGGCCGCAGCGUCACCAUUAGCCUGGCGUCCAGAUCGCGCCAGGAGAUGCAGGAGCUCCGCAGGAAGCUCGCCACAGAGCUUGAGCAGGUGCGCGCUCUCUCCCGGCGGCUUGAGGCCCAUGAGCUCCAGCUCGCCUCGGCGGCUGUCGCCCCUGCUGCUGGGUACACUCAUUCGCAGCUCUCUGCCACUGAUCCUAACACGCCAGUAGCUGCCAAGAGGGCGCCGGAGCUGGCCACCCCUACGAACGCCGCUGCUGGCCCGUUCUCUCGCCAGCUGAGUGUCUCGGUCUCUGCCAUGGAGAACAACCUUAGCGAGGGUGUAGAGAAGGAGAAGCGGACUCCCAAGGCCAACCAAUACUAUCAAAAUUCCGAUUUUGUUCUUGGGAAGGAGAAGUUCCCACCACCUGACCCGCAUGGAAACAAGAAAUCAAAGGCCAUUGGGGGAAAGAAGCAGUCCUCGGAGUUGUCAGAUUACAGUGGCGCCCAUCCAGCUGAGAAGAAACUCUAUGUGCAGGCCUUCAAGAGUUGUGUUGUGCUGCUCUCGAAGCUGAUGAAGCACAAGUAUGGCUGGGUGUUCAAUAAGCCGGUCGACGCAAAGGCCCUUGGCCUGCAUGACUACUAUAACAUCAUCAAGCACCCAAUGGAUCUUGGCACUGUGAAGUCCAGCCUUGCCAAGAACUGGUACAAGUCCCCACAAGAUUUUGCCGAGGAUGUAAGGCUAACCUUUUGCAAUGCCAUGACUUACAACCCCAAGGGGCAGGAUGUCCAUGUCAUGGCUGAGCAACUUCUGCAGGUAUUUGAGGAGCAUUGGCCUGCCAUUGAGGCCGAGUUCGCCUAUUUUUCCCAUCCACCGGCCCCCAAGAAGCCCCCACCUCUUGACAUGAGAAUGCUGGAGAGAUCAGACUCCACCGUGCAUCCUGUGGUGGUUGAGCCAAAGACAAAGCCAGUGAACCAGCCGACUCACGUAGGCCGCGCACCUGCUUUGAAGAAGCCAAAGGCCAAGGAUAUGAAUAAGAGGGAUAUGACUUUCGAAGAGAAGCAAAAACUGAGUAAUAACCUGCAGAAGCUGCCUCCGGAGAAGCUGGAGAGCAUUGUGCAGAUUAUUAAGAAGAGGAAUUCAUCGCUUAACCAGCAUGAUGAUGAGAUUGAAGUGGAUAUAGAUAGUGUCGACGUGGAGACACUGUGGGAGCUGGAUAGAUUUGUCACGAAUUACAAAAAGAGUUUGAGUAAGAACAAGAGGAAGGCUGAACUUGCAAUUCUAGCUAGGCAGGAGGCCGAACUUAACACACAGGAAAUGGCGCAGGGAAUGAUUCAAGAGGCAGUUGUUGCUGAAGUACUUGAGAAGAGCAAGACAGCGGUUAAUGAGAAAUUUGCAGCUUCUUCAUCACCAGUUGAAGGUGCAAAAAAGGGAGAAAAUGCAAGUAGAUCUAGUAGUUCAAGCAGCUCUAGUAGUGAUUCAGGAUCAUCAUCAAGUGAUUCAGAUAGUGAAAGCUCCUCUGCAUAUGGUUCUGAUGCUGCACGUUCGCCUAGAACAUGAACUGAUUUAGGAAAGGUUGACUACAAUAUUUCCUGUGUGAUGACAGAUGCCAUGUACUUAUCAAACUGGAUGGUGGCUGGAUCAUCUUCGGGAUGGUAAUGCACUAAAAACACCGGUGUGCCAAGCUAGGGGACAUCCAACUUCCCACCUUAAAACAAUCUUUGUUACAUGUUUGAAGCAAUUGCAGGUUUCUAGCUGUAGGUUGGGGUUAGAAGGGCAGUAGGAGUAGAGAAUUAUGUAUUUGGUGGUGUUAGUGGUUGUUUUUGUUCAUGCAGAUGUUCGUUGUAGGGGUGCAGCAAUUCAUUGGUACAAAUAAUUUAGUGUGACUGUUGCUAAUGUAUCUGUAGAUGCUUCCCUAGUCAUCCCCAUCAACCGGUAAACCUACCUAAUGUGGCGAAAGCCACAGUGCACUGGGAAGUGUAUUAACUGUUCUGUAAGCUUUGGUAAUAAGAAAUGUACAUUUGGAUCACUUGGUCGAAAUCCAUGAAACUUACCAUUA